ACUACAUUACCCAGCAUCCAGUGCGAAACUGGCGUUUCUCGUUCUACGUUUAAACGGUUUGACAGGAUGCCAGGUUUAGUUAACGAUUCAGUUGUGGACGACCAUGACCAAGCCAUAACUGAAGCUCUGGAGCAAUUUGGCAACUCCCCGGAGCAAACAUAUGAGCAAUUCCUGUCCACCUUCACGUACUUGACCCCAGAGAAUGUGAGGGAUCCGGGAUUGACUGCUCCUAGAGGACAUGAAGACCCGUCCCAGAGAGAGAUGGACAGCAGCCGAGAGCGACAAAGAGAGGAUGAAGUGACAGAGAUGGAGGAGAGCGUAUACCGAAGGAUGGGACAGGCGAAUCGCUGCUCACCGACUGCUGAUCAGGAAGAGGUGCUGCUGGAUGGCGGUUGUGUUGGAGGAAGACUGGGCGGCCCAUCAAACUCUGUUCCAGACAGACUUGUGAAGUUUGAUAAUUAUCUGGGAGAUUCAGAGGAUGAAGAGGAAAAUGCUGACACUACAGGCACAUGUACGCUACCAGGUGAGAUUGAAGAAGAUCUGAUAGCUGUCUCCUCUUCAUCGCUCUGUCACCACACACUGCUGGAGAUCUCCUCUACUUUCACAGACCAGAGGACACACACUCCCAGUGCAGCUGAGAACCAGGAUGAAAGUGAGGAGGUUGUUCCUUUCCAUCUGGAUGAGAACUUUGAUUAUGAUAACGUUGUGCUGUCUAGCAAAUACACCAUCCAGGAACAGAGCGGCAGACCAUCUUGAGCUGUAAAUGAGCGUAACUCUGGCAAAUGCUUUUAAAAACUCAGAUUUUUACGGAGUAAAGUCCUUGUUAACAUGAUAGAAAGGUUUUUAUUUCGCCAAAGAACUAGAGGGCAGACAGAUAGGCUGUUUUGAGUGAUAAUUCUGCAGUUUGUAGCAUCUGUACUACUCAAUAAAGUAUGUUAGUGUCUCUGUUUUCAAAGAGACAAUUAAAUUGAAUACACUCAGUCCAGUUUUACAUUUAACUGACAAUUAGAUGAGCAGGACCAAGCUAGAAACCGGAAAUAAGCAUGAAACGGUGUCCACAACCCAUAUUUUUUCCAUAAAGUGACUUCUGAGAGAAGACAUGGUUGUUUUGAAGAAUCCUUUAUAGAAAGAAAAUAGUCCAUUUUAAUUUUAUUAAGGACUUUAAAAGUACUUUAAUUUGCUUAAACAAACCAAAAGAUGCGUAUUUGUCUUUUAGUCCAAAUCAAAUGUCAUUAUGAUUAUUAAUGUUGUUAUUAUUUUACAACUAGCUAGGCUUAGACGUUUUCAUUUUCUGACUCAGCAGCUCAAAUUGGUGGCCUGUGGUGCAGCUCUUUUUCUUACGUACUUGGAAAAGUAAUUAAUUGCUCGUUCUGUCUUACUGUGUUUUAUUCACUGGAACAAAACGCUCAGGGAGGUUUUUUCUGUUCUAUGUAAAAACCUCCUAACCUGAAUAAAAGGUCAAAACAUGAUGGUCUUUGAAAAGAAGUUGCUCCCCUUUUUCUUGUCUUGAUCGUUUAUUUUGACAUCUCUGAGAAUGUCCAUGCGUACCGUAAAAGAGUUUUCUAGCUGUUUCCCAGCAUGUUUCCUCACAUUUUCACCACCCUUACCUUCAU